CUCUCCCUACGACGCUGUGCCGGUGCACCACGGGGUACGCAUUCAAACUGACCAGCGCGUCUCUGUGGCAGCGCAGACACUCUUCUCUCCACACCAUCCAACACUGAGCAGCCUCACUGCGGCUGAAGCUGGUGCAGAAGAAGAACGUGAUGUUGUCUCCUCAGGUCACUGGGACUGUGUGUGCACCAAGGGUUUGAACUUGUCAGGACAUUUCCCAGCAGCCUCUCAUAAGGCGGGGACAAGCCACCCACUGUCCUAAAGCAAAAACAACCAGCAGCUACAACUUUGCACUCCUCCAUCUGCUUUGGUCCCCAGCACCAUGGCCUUCACCCUGUCAGAGAUCAUGGCAGCAAGGCGGCAGCAGUCGCAGGCUCAGUCACAUUCACAGCGAGGCAACAGGACUGCUGUGGAGGUGGAUGAGUACAGCACCAACCCCACUCAGGCUUUCACCUUCUACAAUAUCAACCAGGGGCGCUUCCAGCCGCCUCAUGUUCACAUGGUUGACCCAAUGCCUCAUGACACUCCAAAGCCACCGGGCUACACACGCUUUGUGUGCAUCUCGGACACACACUCCCGCACUGAUGCCAUCCAGAUGCCGUACGGGGAUGUGUUCAUCCAUGCUGGAGACUUCACCGAACUGGGACUGCCCUCCGAGGUCAAGAAGUUCAACGACUGGCUAGGUACCCUCCCCUACGACAUCAAGAUAGUAAUUGCUGGAAAUCAUGAGCUGACCUUUGACCAGGAGUUUAUGGCAGACCUCAUCAAGCAGGACUUCUACUACUUCCCUUCAGCCUCCAAGCUCAAGCCGGAGAAUUACGAGAACGUACAGUCACUGCUGACCAACUGCAUCUACCUGCAGGACUCCGAGGUCACCGUGCGGGGCUUCAGAAUCUAUGGCUCCCCCUGGCAACCCUGGUACUACGGCUGGGGCUUCAACCUGCCGCGAGGUCAAGCUCUGCUGGAUAAGUGGAACCAGAUCCCAGACAACACAGACAUUCUGGUCACACACUGCCCUCCACUGGGUUUUCUGGACUGGGUUCCCAAGAAGAUGCAGCGUGUUGGGUGCAUGGAGCUGCUCAACACAGUCCAGAGGAGAGUUCAGCCUAAAUUACAUGUUUUCGGCCACAUUCACGAAGGUUAUGGCAUGAUGACAGAUGGCACAACGACUUUCAUCAAUGCCUCAGCCUGCACCGUGAACUUCCUUCCCAUGAACCCGCCCAUUGUCUUUGACCUGCCCAAUCCCAGGACUACGUGACUACAGGAAUCUCAUCUGCAAACCCCUACCAUCAGUCAGGAGAAAGGAAUGAAGAGAGGUAGGUGAGGCGGCAGGCAGAAAGGACCAAAUCCUGUAAAUAUUGCACAGAUGUGUGUUUAUCAUGUGCAGCACACGUCCGGAGAAUCUGAUCGUGAAGCUGACCGAGUGAGGGAAGGAGGACGCUCCCUCACGCUGUUGUGUUCUGUCAUAUGCCAUCAUUUCUUCAUCUCAGCAUGGACUUUAAAAAAGAAGAGACAAGGAUUAAUGGAAGGACAGUAAAAUGUAAACAAACUGACGAUUCUUCAAAUCCUCUCUUACUGCACUGACAAUCUGAUGCUGCUCUCAGAAAUGCAAAAGACCCUGUCACUUUGCUGAAGCGAAACAGCUCAAUGCCUCGUCUAAGGUCUAAGGGACAGUUUUAGCUGAACCAUGGCUCCACAGCACUAACGGGACAUUUGUUUGGGGAAUUUUCACCGAGCUUUUCAUACUUUUAAACAUCAGUUUCCAUCUUUUUACAAAUUUCCUCCCACUAAGAACUUUUACUACUGCCCUUAUCUUCCUCCUUUGAUCCCAUCCUCAGGCCUGGAGCAUGCUGGAGUGUGCUUUUUUUCUUCUUCUUUUUUUUCACCAGCAUGUCUGUGCUUGAGAAAUCAAAGUGAGUGUAUGAGGGCAUCAAGAGGUCUACAUGUCUGACAUGAUUCCCUUUUGCCUCAUUUGCAACCCUCAGUAAGCCUCUUAACCGCUAAAAGGAAGAGUCCCAUUCCUGCUUCCACGUAGUUCUGAUGUUGCUCCUACUCCUCCUUUUUCCUCCUCUCCAUGCUUCUUGCUAAGAAUGACUCGGUCAGCUUUUCAGCCCUUGGCUGGAACGUCUGGCUCAUGGACUUGCAAAGGAGACCAGGUAACAUGCAACGUAAAGGUGCUAUAAGCUAAUCUCAACAGUCAUGUCACCAGACCUGGGAGAAGUAGUGGUUGUAUCAAGGAUGCUCCCUCAUGUUAUGUUAUUUAUGGAAGAUAUGGGUCUUCACCUUUUCAAUAGAAGCAAAGCUGUAACUAACUGAUGUAAAUGUUCUUUGUCAAUGUAAAGAAAAAAACUUGAAUUUUUUCUCUUGAAGAUUACCAAGUGUUGCUAUGCUUUUCAAAAAAAAAAACAAUUGUGUCAAGAAAUUUGUGGUUGUUACAUUUUAUUUGGUUUGUUUAGUAAUGUAAAGUAACGCUUGUUAUAGUAUUUUCUUCUUUGUGAAGCCGCUCAGCCCCAUUCGGUGAGUAUUAACUCUUUUAUGUCUCUAAGCAGUUUGUGUUACAAAAAAAGCAUCACAAGAACACGUCACACUUUGAUCUCCGACAUUAUGUAUGAAUGUUCCCCCGGGCUGCAGUUUACUCACGCUAUACUCUCGCUUCUUUCGACACAUCAGCGUUCGUUGCACCAGCUGACGUCUUAAUGCUUCCGAAUUGGCAAGACAGGAAAAGGGGUCAGAACCGCUCACCAAGGAACGCAUUAAUGUGGAAAACAGUAGGAGGGCCGUUUACAUGUUAGAACACAAACAUGGCACAGUUUUAGCACCUUCUCUAAAAUCCAAGUUUUAAUUGUAGUUUUAGUUUUCAUUUCCAUUCUUCUCAGCAGCGCAAUAAGGAACUUUAAAUAAAAGACAAACCUACGGCCUGCCUAGGCCAUUUGAUGCUGUAUAUCACACUGAUUGGUAGACUUUCACACUUUUUAUACCACUUUCAUAGUUUCUUAAUCUUUAGUUAAUACUGCUCUUCCAUUGUCUAAAUAUGUCAUAUAUUGGUUGACAUAUUUUUUGCUUUGUUUUGUUAUUUUAAAGUUGAGUGUUUUGACAUUGUAAAAACUUGUUUUAUCUGGACCUAGCUGGACCUGUUAUUAGUUAACUGGGGCCCAGCUUUUUGGUUCGGACCGUGGGUACAUUUCAAUAAGAAAGUUCAUUUAAAACCAGCAGAACCAGUAAAAUCCAGUAUAGUUGACAAUAAACUGCUUUUUUGUUUUGUUUUUCUUGUUAAAAAUAAUUUACCUAAGGCAGAUGCCAACUUGGAUUUACAUUUCAUUUAAUAGAGAAGUGGCAGUCCAUCAUCCCAGUAUAGAGAACAGCUGGUAUUUGUGGCCAACAUAAAUGUAUUUUUUCCAGUAAAUGCUAGAAAAAGAUGCAAACAGUGGUAAUUUCAUGGUGUGCUGCUUUGAGCUCACCUUCUGAACAAAAACUGUACUUACACUGCUUUGAAUCACUUUAACCCAUACAGCUGAACAAGAAAGAAUAUUAGAGUCUCUCUCUACCUGUCCCUAAAUAAUUAACUGUUCCCACUUCACUAAUUGGCUGUGCUGGAUCAGAAGAACAUGAAAUUGUUGUUUGUCAAAACGUCCAGACAGUACAGGACUGUGAACAUCUCAAGAGAAGGAUUUUCAGCCUGAAACCAGGGAUACUGUAAAUCGCAGCGAGUAAUUACAGUUUGAAUGUAGACAGAGGAAGUUCUGUACAAAUGCAGUUUAGGUCAUUUUGCCUGUGUGGAAAUCUUUAAGCCUUUAUAAGAAGCAGCCUCAUCAUUUAAAACACAAACUUAAUUAGCAUCUAUGAAAGGAAACGUUUCGAGAAAGGAACAAAGACAAACUAUUAAAAACUAAGAGAUGGGAGGAGCUUUCAUCUGGAAGCUUCAUGCAAAGCUGUCUGUUUGGUCUGACUCUCCAGUCCCAGUCCCCAUUUAGAUGUCUCUCCCUUUGAUGCUCUUCUGCUUCAGUAGCUGUGUUAUGUUUCCUGUUUUAUCCAAGAAGAAAAAAGUGCUGUACUAUUUCUUGAUUUAUUUUCUGAGGCAUGCUUUAACAAGUUAAUGACUUCUGCUUCUCAGACAAUCUGCAUAUGAAGAGUUUUGUUCCAAAAUGAGAUAUUUACCUUGGGCAUGGGCAGAAUGACUGACAGCUGAGACUUGAAAGCAGGAUAACUUGUUGACAUUUCUACUUGCUGGAUUUUUCUUAUUCAAACAGUUCUGGAUGCUUAGGUGUUUGGAUGAAUGGAUGUAUAGCAUUUUGGAAUUAAAGUGUUCAUAUAGUGUUGUAUUUUUGCCAUUAUUGCUGGGGACUUUUUUUAAACUGUACAAUAAGAGAAAAAGAACCAACACCUUCUGGAGACAUGUAAAGUACCUUUCUUUCUAAGGAUCCUGG